AUGGACACACUUCAAUCCCCCAAAUCCGCGAUAUCACAAAUGAGUCCAAGCCCGCCGGCUAGCAAUAAGAAAUCUGGACGUCCACCCAACGAGGCUUACAUCAAGCUCAUGAGACCCGACGAAGACUGGAGAACAAUGGCCGACGCUGCUGAGCGGAGAAGGAUACAAAAUCGCCUAGCCCAGAGAGCGUAUCGGCGCAAUCUACGCGAAAAGAAUAGGGAGGUGGAAAAGCUAAAGAAGCAACUCCACAAACUUCAGGGGACGACAAAGCCCCAGAGGAGGGAUUCCGCAAAAUCAGAUUCUACGGGGCCUGUUUUGUUUGAGUUAGACAUGGACAACGGCGCAGAUAGUGCAGAGUCUGGCUCGUCAGCGGGUUCAGAGGCGGCGGGCUGGGGGAGUUACUCACUGUCCACGGCUAUCGAUCUGGUUGAGCCGAAUGCACCCAGCGAUAUGAAUUUCAUGUUUUUCGACUUUGCCACCGACUUGGAUGGUUCGAGGUCACAAUCGUCGGGAAUCCAGUCUAGCAUCGAUGCUAUGGAAUCGGAAGCAGCCAAAGUGACCAGUCGGAGCAACACGCCAAGAGGACAUUCGCCUCAUACCGCGUCAUUCGAAUCGGAGCCAGAAUUAAUUACAUCCUAUCUUAGCACGCAUCUUGGCACGGAGAUCCAAGGGCCCCUCAGCUAUUCCGGAUCAAAUUCAGGCUCAGUCGGCGAGUGCUUCUCGCUGGCAUAUGCAAGCCCUGGACUUGCGCCUCUACCAUCGCCACCUUUCCCAUCAUUACCCAGCAUAGGGUCUCAAUCUCCAGACCCUGACGCAUCCAUGAACCUGAGUUCGUUGGGCAUCGAAACUCUGGGGGCAGACGCAGGCCCGCUCUGGUCGCCUGACGCGGAUGCUUCCCUGCUCCAUUUUGCCGUGGCCGGGGGCGAUAUUGAAACCCUACGACUUCUGCUCAAGCACCAGCCUAACAUGAUAGAAAUACGCGACUCUGGUGGAUAUACGCCAAUUCAACGCGCUAUCAUGAUCAGACGUCCGGACAUGGUGGCACUUCUCUUAGAACAUCGGGAGGCUCUCGUUGAUGGUGGCAGAAGUUUGCUGGUGUGUACAUAG